UUCACUUUCUUUCUUCUUCUUGUUCUUCUUCUUCUCUGCUUUCAUUUCAAAAUGCUGACAGACGCAGAAGAACGCGAAUCCUUCAAUUCCGUGUUGGGACGCAUCUUACUAUGCAAAAUCUGUGGUCGUAAUCGAAGGCAUCAAAGGCUCGAGAAAUCUUUCACUUACAGCAACUUCAUACAUGAAAUCCAACCGUUUGAUUAUGAUAAUAUGGAGUUUCUUAAAAUUCUCGGUGAAGGAAGUUACGGUAGGGUUUCUCAAUUCCGUAUCGUCAAUGAUAACAGCAUUGUGGCCGUUAAACAAAUCUCGAUUGCCAACACUUCCGAUGCUGUUCCUGGUUUCAUCAUCAGAGAGGUCUCCUUUCUAAAAGAAUUGAAUCAUCCAAACAUUGUUAGGUUAUUGAAUGUAACGAACAAUAAGGAUACAAAUGUGGUGAGCCUUGUUUUCGAGUGUCUUGAUUGCGAUCUUGACAAGUACAUUAAAGAGAAAGAUCGCUACGGUUCAGCUAUUAAUAAUCCCUUCACAAGAAAGAGUUUUCUGUAUCAAAUAUUAUCUGCUGUGGAGUACUGUCAUUCUCAUCAGAUUAUGCACAGAGACUUGAAACCGCGUAAUCUUCUAAUCGAUCAUUCUAAAAAGAUAAUCAAACUUGCUGAUUUUGGUUGGGCUAGAGAGUUGGGAGAUCCAGAAAAGUUCUAUACUGAUAAGAUAGCAACUCGGUGGUAUAGGGCACCUGAAGUUCUGUUUCUUAACGGUCAAUACUCAACUCCAAUGGAUAUUUGGGCUGUGGGCUGUAUAUUUGGUGAGAUGGUACUUGGACAGCCAAUACACAAUGUUUUUAAUUGCACUGGUGAGCUACAGCUGAUUUUCAGAAUGUUUGGUACACCAACAGAGGAAACGUGGCCAGGGGUCACUAAAUUAUGUACCAACCUUCAAGCCUAUACCAAAUCUGACCCAAUGGACCUUUCAACAAUUUUUCAUGAUCUUGAUCCAACUGGUCUUAAUCUGCUAACGAGGAUGCUUUGCCUGGACCCAAACAAGAGGAUUUCAGCGGAAGCUGCUCUAAAGCAUGCUUACUUUAAUGACUUGGAUCAGGUAGGUUAUUAAAGGAGAAGCCAAGUCUUAAUCAGCCAAAUAAAAGGACAGCUUAUUUUUCAUAACCAUUCCCCAUUCAUCACAAUAGCCUAUGUACAUAUAAAAUUGUUUCCUCAAAAAAAGAAGCCAGUUUACAUUGCUUUGUGUUUUCAACAAAAAACUUGCGAUGUUAGUUGGUGGUUUUGCUUCUUUCUUACCUGGCUCAGGUCAUUGUUUACAAAUGAAUAGUACAUUCAAUCAAUAUUGUUUUAGCCAUCCAAUUUAUUUCAUGUU